UUCACUUUAUAAUAUGCAAUGCUACAACACUAGUUUGUCUUGUUCUGCUCACCCUAUCGCCAAUACCCUUCCUUCUUCCGAUCUAAAUCGCCAUGACGUCGCCGCCGGAGGAACUUCACACACACAAAAUCAUGUCUCACCCUUACUAUCACCGCCUCUUGGCUGCUUAUGUUAACUGUCAAAAGAUAGGAGCUCCAGCUGAAAUGGCGGCGAGACUGGAGGAAGCAGGCGGUUGUGCGAUGAGGGGUAGUGGUGGCAUGGAGAGUGGAGAUCCGGCGCUUGACCAAUUCAUGGAAGCUUACUGUGAAAUGCUGAUCAAGUACGAGCAAGAACUCUCUAAACCCUUGACAGAAGCCACGCUUUUCCUUGCAAGAAUUGAGCACCAGUUUCAAGCCCUCACUGCUGCCUCUGCCUGCCUCUCUCAUUCUGAGGGAGCAGCAGAAGAUGAGCAGUUGAAAGGUGAGCUGUUGAAAAAAUACAGAGGAUGUUUGGGCAGCCUGAAGCAGGAAUUGGGGAAGAAAAAGAAGGGCGGAAAGCUGCCUAAAGAAGGGCGGCAGAAAUUGCUCAACUGGUGGACCACACAUUACAUAUGGCCUUACCCAUCGGAGGCGGACAAGGUUGCGCUGGCUGAAUCCACAGGUUUGGAGCAGAAGCAGAUAAACAACUGGUUCAUUAACCAAAGGAAGCGCCACUGGAAACCUAGCUUCCAACAUUAUUAACUCUACCUACCCUUGGAGUUGGACUUGGACAACAAUUAUUAAUUCAUAUAUCAAUUCCUGUUCCACCUUUGGACAACAGAUAUUAUGCAUGCAUCAAAAUUUAGCAUAUAUAUUUUGUGUGGAGUAAAUGGUGAACUAUUGCCAAAUGUGCAUGUUUAUCUUUAGCUUCUACGUGUAAGAGUGCUACAUUAGAUCAGUAGAGCUUGUGCUACAAGACUAUUCUCUAUAUUA